UUUUUCUGUGACAGACACGAGUGGCACUGCAGUUCUGGUACAAAAUAUGGCGGCUUCCAUGUGUUGUUCGCGCAUUGCUUCUAGCCAGAGGUAUCAGAGAGCCAUGCUCGCCAGUGUGCGGUGCGCUCUGCGUCCUCGUACGAGACCGUGCCGGUGGGGCCCGCAUUUUGCCAGACCCUUCUGCUCGUCCAGUGGCCAGAGCUCCGACAAGCUGGUAGGCAACAGCGAGCAUCAAGCCAAGGACGAGCAGCCAACCGAUCAGAAGAAAGCGGCACUAGACAAACUUUCGGCUCUGCUCUCCGACAUGAAGAUUGAAUCCAUUGCAAGCACAGAUCCCAGCAGCAUAUCUUUCAAACUGGCCAAACCAGGGCUCCCUAAGAAGCCCGCACUGAAAGAAGAGGCAGAAAGGACUAGGGGCUUGGGCAAGGCAGUUGUGCAGGCUGCCAGAGAUGUGGCUGCCAGCCUCGGUAGCAGUGAGGAGCAAAAGGAGCAGACCGAGUCAGAGCUGCUGGCACAACUCCGGUUGCAUGCGCAAGAGAGACAAGGCAACGAGCAUGUUGCUCCGGACAAGGACAACAAUGCCACCCUCAGUGACCUCUUUGUCGGCAUGAAGAUCGAGCGCAAGAAGGCCAAGCAGCAGGGAAAGCAGGAGGGCAGUGCCUAUGCACGCCGAGAUCGGAGCCGUGGAGACCGUGAGCUUGGCACAGUGCAGAGUGAGUUCUUGCCGGGCACAAUCGAUGCACUGACAGAGCAAGUCAACAAGGACGCAAAGGCCGCUGCUCGACGACAGGUCGCAGACAAGCAACAUCGCAUCGAGGAGAAGCUGGAACUUGACGUCGACAGACGGCUUGGCAUCUUCUCAAAGGACAUUGAAGAGAACACAGAUGUACCACAGCUAAAGACAUGGGAGACACUGCAAAAGCGCGAGCUGCAGCUGUUGGUGGCACCUCCACCCAAGAAUGCUUACGAGGAGAUGAUCCUCUGGACGGAGCAGGGCAAGCUGUGGAAGUUCCCUAUUGACAACGAAGUAGGUCUGGAUGAGGAGGCACAAAUGAGCUUCGAAGAGCACGUCUUCCUGGAGGAUCAGAUCAAGGACUUUCCAGAGAGGGGCCCCAUCCGCCACUUCAUGGAGCUGGUGUUGGUGGGCUUGUCCAAGAAUCCACACAUUUCUGUCCAGCGCAAGCACGAGCACAUAGAGUGGUUCCGCCAGUACUUCCGUGCCAAAGCCGAUGUGCUGCGCGCUUCAGGAGCACUACCAGAGGAUGGCGAGUUCUUCUACUUGGGCCAGGACGAACAGCGCAGCAGCAUCGAGGCCAGCUGAACAGCAAUCGUAGAGGGACGUGAUAUCAAUGCUAGGGUGCGCAUGCCAAUAGCUGUUCAUAUGCACGGAAUGCAGGACUAUCAUGACAAUUGUGCAGAAUAAAUUUGGAGCAUUCAGUGCAAUAUUGGCAGGUGUGGACUACACACCACAUAGUGGUCAUGCUGAAAUUAUGGUCAAAAAUCAUUUCGCGUAACUUUUGUUUGAAGUGAAAGACACUUGGAAUGCACUUUGUAAAUAAAUAUGCUGUGUGCAUUGCC